CUCCCUCCCGCCCGCGAGAAGAUGGCGGCGCCCUUGGCGCAGCAGCUGGAGGAGCUGCUCAACCCCCGGCCCAGCCUCCGCGACCCCGAGGACGACGCGGAGGAAGCUACAGUUGCUAAAGUGAUUGACAAAUUUGAGGAUGAAACUGCAGAUGACAUUUUACCUGUUGGUAAUAUACGGAAAAAAGCUUCAGCCUCUCUCUUAGAAGCUGAUAAAAGGUACAGUGGAAAAGCUACGUCUCGCAAAGCCUUGCAAGAGGAACUCUGGGGAGAUGCUCUGUCUGAAGAAGAACCUGCUGAAGAAACAUUAGAUGAAUGGUACAGCGGCAGUGAAGACGCAGAAGACAAUGGCAGCUUAGGCAGUAAAACAAAAGAGAAGCUCAGCAGUGCUGGCAGUGACCAGGAGGAUGACUUGGAAGAUGACAAAGAGAGUGAUCCAUCUGCCAAGGUCACGGCACCGAAGUUCAGUUUCCAGAAUAUCACAGACUUUGAGAAAUUUACAGAGGGGAUGGACGAUGUAGGAAGCAGUGAAGAGGAAGAUGAGGAUGAUGCCAGCAUGGAAGAAGGAAGUGAUGAGGAGGAAUAUGAGGGUGAAAACCACAGCGAUAUAAAAGACACCAAAGAGAACGAGGAUGAUGGGGGCGUGAUGACGUUCUCAAAAGGACGAGAGACUGAAGAAGUAGAAAAAGGAAAAGCGGUGAAGAAUCAGCUAGCGCUGUGGGAUCAGCUACUGGAAGGGAGAAUCAAGAUGCAGAAGGCGCUCAUAACUGUCAACCGUCUUCCACAGCCAGAUACUUUCCCAAUCUUCAGGAAGGAAGGUGGACAGGAAUUUGACAAUGCUGUUGAGAACUGCUGUAAAGCUGUGGAGGCGUUGCUGGGAGUACUAGUGGACCUUCAGGAUGAGCUGCUUUAUCAGUACCCAGGCACGAGGCACCUGGUGGAUGGAAGACGAUCAAAACCUGAGAGCGAUGAUGAAAUUCCCAGCAGUAGUGAUGAAGAGCGAGUGGUGGAAGCUCAGGAGAAGAGGAGGCGCCUCCCCAAGCGAAAGCUGGCGAUGGAGGACUACCCGGACUUCCUCGCCAAGAAGUAUGCUGACUUCAGGACGUAUCGGAACAGCGUCCUGCAGAAGUGGCACGAGAAGACCAAGUUGGCAUCUGGCAAAAUGGGCAAGGGUUUCGGUGCCUUUGAGCGUUCAAUCUUGACUCAGAUUGAUCAUAUUAUGAUGGACAAAGAGAGAUUACUACGGCGGACACAGACCAAGCGAUCAGUGUAUAAAGUGCUGGGAAAGAAGGAACAGGAAUCUCAUCCGGUCCCUGAAUCUUUGCCUGAAAAUUCGGAAGUCCUUCCUCAGACUGAUUCCAACAGGCACCUGAAGGACAUAGAUGAGGAAAUAUUUGAUGAUGAUGACUUCUACCACCAGCUCCUUCGGGAAUUUAUAGAGCGUAAAACCAGUUCGCUGGACCCCAACGAUCAAGUAGCGAUGGGCAGGCAAUGGCUGGCCAUCCAGAAGUUACGGAGCAAAAUAAAGAAGAAAGUGGACAGAAAAGCCAGUAAAGGAAGGAAAAUCCGGUAUCAUGUCCACAGCAAGCUGGUGAGCUUCAUGGCACCUAUUGACCACUGCACAAUGAAUGAUGAUGCCAGGACGGAGCUCUAUCGGUCGCUGUUUGGAAAAAUCACGCGUCCUGAAGAACCUGAGCAGAAUUAGCACCCGGCCUUCGCAUCAGGACUGAGCACACCUGCAGGCUCUGCACCCCUGCCUCAAGAGCCCCCAGAGCAGGGUGUCUCCAGCUGCUGGUUCGUUCCCAAAAACCUCACCGAGGGACCAUCAAACACAGUCACUGCUGAAACACGCAGGUUCAGAAAGAGUGUGGGGCAGACGUUUGGUUUGGCUAAAUGCCUCCCCCCACCUUUAAAAUGAACUCUGCCUCCUCCCAAAGGCGAUCUGUUUUCAACUAUUCCUUUUAAAUUCCUGACCUUGAUUUUGCAAUCUGCUCGGCACAGGCGAAUUGUUCUGCCGGGGGGAGGGACACACUGUUCAGACCAGCAGGGAUCACCAGCCCCUCCUGCAAUCAGGUCACCCACGUUCCUAUUAAAUCCUCUGAGAUUUUUGUUUUGGGGAUUGGUGGGUUUUUAUUGAAGCAUUCAGUUCUGGUCGUUGGCUGCAUAUCUGGAAUGUGUGACUUUAUUUUCACCGAGUCAAGAGGAUUUAAAUGUCAUUUACAUAAUUAACAUGGCCUUAAAACAGAGAAAAGGUGCUCUCCCUUGCAGACAGCCAGCGCUCCCCAUCCACACGCCAAUUUCUGAACAAACGCGCUGCAGACCUGGACAGUGGCUGACUCACGAUGAGUGCAACAUGGGGACACAUCUGGGGAUAUUUCUGCAAUUAGAACAUAUUGGUGGAUUUUUCAGUCCAUCAUUGAUCCUGUACGCUUAAUUAUUUCUGCUGAUCAUGACUGAGCCCUCCUGUCUUCACCAUCACCGUGACACACUUUUGAAAGAUGCCAGCACAAAUGUAAAGCUGGCCAGAGGAGCUCGCUCACUUGGGGCUUUCUGUGGGGUUUUUAUAUCCAAAGGUCAGAAGCUGGAAAUUAAUCCCCGUAAAGGGAAUUUAUUAGCCUGCUGUGAUCAAUCUGAAAUGGAGGUUAUCUUGCGUAAAUAAUAUGUGCAUAUGUAUGUAUAAUGAGCUGGCCACUGCUUGUGACCACAUGAACUCUACUGUCUUUGCUUGGUGUUUUGUGUGCUCUAAUUAAAAUGCUUUGUAAACUGAU